AUGGAAAAAAGUGAAUUUCGUGUCCUGAUUAAGCAUUAUCUUUUACGUAAAAAAACCAUUACUGAAACGAAGGAAAGGCUUGACAAAUACUAUGAGAACUCUGCACCGUCAAUUUUAAUGGUUAAGAAGUGGUUCACUGAGUUCCGUUGUGGUCGUACCAGCACAAGUGACGCCGAACGUUCAGGUCGCCCAAAAGAGGUCAUUACGCCAAAAAUCGUCGAUAAAAUCCAUGGAAUGAUAUUGAACGAUAGGAGAAUGAAAGUGCGUGAGGUGGCUGAGGCUGUAGGCAUCUCAAUUGAGCGGGUACGUCACAUUUUACAUGAAUGUUUAGACAUGAAAAAACUAUCCGCGAGAUGGGUGCCGCGAUUGCUCACACUCGACCAUAAGCGCAAUCGUGUGCACACAUGUGUAGUUGCGAUGGCAAAAAUCCAUAAUUUGGACUGCGAACUGCUACCUCAUCCAGAAUGUUCUCCAGAUGUAGCCCCCAGCAACUAUUUCCUGUUUCCAAACAUGAAGAAAUGGCUGGGCAGUAAGAGAUUUGGGUCGAAUGAAGAGGUCAUCACCGAAGCAAACGCCUAUUUCGAGGGCCUUGAGAAAACCUAUUAUUAG